GAAUUGCCUCACUCUCUUCUGUCGCACAUGCCAUCUAUAUAUUCUUCACUCUCAACCCUAGUUAACUUGACCACAGUUAAGCCCCCCACCCCACCACCCCUUUUAACCAUAGUGAACCGUCUCCUCCACCACUUUUAAUACCACACUUCUUUAUCUUCCUCCACUCCCGCAUUUCACUUCUCUCUUUGCCAACGUACACCAUGGGUGCAUUACACUUCUUCCUCUUCACUCUCAUUUCCUUUUCCGUUACCGUUUCCGUUCAUGCACACAACAUCACAGAAAUUUUGAGCCAGUUCCCGGAGUACAGUGUGUUCAACAGUUACCUAUCACAAACUAAACUCGCCGACGAGAUUAACAGCCGUGACACUAUAACCGUCUUAGCUUUGCCCAAUGGAGCCAUGUCUGAUGUAGUCGGCAAACAUCCACUUUCAGUUAUCAAAAACAUUCUUUCUCUUCACGUUUUACUCGAUUACUUUGACGGCACCAAACUCCACAAGAUCUCCGAUGGCACUACACUUACCACUACACUUUACCAAACCACCGGCAAUGCUCACGGAAAUGUAGGUUCCGUUAACAUCACCGAUCUUAAAGGUGGUAAAGUUGGUUUUGGCUCAGCGAUUCCGAAUUCACCGUUAGCAUCUACGUAUACUAAAUCUGUGAAGCAAAUCCAGUACAAUAUCUCUGUGUUGGAGAUUAGUGCUCCGAUUAUUGCUCCGGGUAUUUUGGCAGCUCCGGCGCCAUCUGGUGAUUUUAACAUCACAGGUGCAUUGGAGAAAGCAGGGUGUAAGACAUUUGCUUCAUUGCUUAUCAAAUCUGGAGUUCUCAAGACGUAUCAAACUGCUAUUGAGAAGGGUUUGACUAUUUUCGCCCCGAAUGAUGAGGCAUUCAAGGGCGAAAAAGUUCCGGAUCUGAACAAACUCAGUAGCGCUGAUGUUGUUUCAUUGUUGCAAUAUCAUGCUAUUCCGAGUUACACUCCUAUUGGGACUUUGAAAACGAAGAAGGAUCCGAUUUCAACUCUAGCUACUAAUGGCGCUAGUAAGUAUGAUUUGAAAGCUUCAACAGAAGGUGACCAGGUGACACUUGACACCGGUGUUGACUCGUCGAGAAUCGCUUCCACCGUGAUUGACUCUACUCCGUUCUGCAUUUUCACCGUCGACAGUGUGCUUCUCCCUGAGGAGUUAUACGGAAAAUCUCCUUCGCCGGCACCUGGACCAGCUCCGGAGACUUCUCCAGCACCUGCACCUGAGGUAGCUUCACCUGGACCGGCUCCGGACGCCAGCUCUCCUACUCCAAUGAUGUCUCCUCCUGCUCCGCCGACUUCAUCUCCGGCUGGUGCUCCGGCGGACGGUCCUGCCGCUGAUUCGGAGAACAGUACGGCGAAGAAGAACGCCGGUAACGUUAACGCUCCGGCGUUGGUGAAAGCUCUACUCACAGUGUCAGUGUCGGUAAUUGUGUCCGUUUAUUUGUCCUAGACUGCCAUUUUCAGUUUGUUUAAUUUAUUUUCUUUUGUUUUUUAAUUUGGAGUCAUAUUUUUAUUUGUGACUGCUUGCAGAGAAGAUUUUUAUUUAAUUUCAUUUAAUUUUUAAAUGUCCUUUAAUAGUGAGUGAGCCGUUGGAGCUGAGUAAAAGGGCAUUGUUUUUUCUCUUGUUUUGUUUUGUUUUGUUCAGUUGCUGUACUUUGUUUUUAUUUAAAAUCCUUUUUCUUAUUUUUGGUAUAUAAUAAUGUUCCACUUGUUGAGGUAUUAUCAGCUGUUACACACAUCACAAUAAAGCAGCGUUGUAAUUA